AUGCCCAAAAUUAAAAAAUUUUCUAACAAUGUUGCUAUAUGUGUAUAUGACGUCAUCAUCAUUAUAGAAUCAUGGUUGAACGAUCAGAUUUCUGACGUUGAAUUGGCUUUGCAUAAUUCUAACAUCUUUCGGGCUGAUCGUAGUAUUAAAACCAGUGCUAAACCUACAGUUGUGUUCGACUUUGGUAAUGGUGAUUAUUGUCCUUUAAAUAAUUUCUUGACAUCUGUUGAUUGGACAACAUGCUUUAAUGAAUUGAAUUUGGACGAAAAAGUUUCUCUUUUUUACGACAUUCUUUUUGAUUGCCUUGAUCACUGUGUUCCAAAGAAAACCAUUAAAAUCAAUAAACAUUAUCCUAGAUGGUUUAACAACGACCUUAGAAAUCUGUGUCAACAAAAGAAGUUAGCCCAUUCCAAGUAUAAGAAGUCUGGUCAACUUGAAGAUUAUGUUUAUUUUAAGACAGUAAAUGCUACUAUGACAUGUGACCCGAAGUAUUUUUGGAAAUUUAUGAGGGAUAAUAACAAAGACUCUGGAAUACCUAAUUAUAUGUCUUUUGAGAAUAAAUCAGCUGACAAUGGAUUUGAUAUUUCAAACUUUUUUGCAGCAUGUUUUUCUUUCGUUUACGUAAUCAGUUCUACUGUUAACUUCGAUUGUGUUGACAAUGGCUUAAAGGUUACUAUUUCCGACGAAUCCCUAUUUCCAGAUUUGUGGAAAAAUUGCUAUGUAACUCCAAUUUUCCAAUCUGGUGUUAAAACAAAAGUGGAAAACUACAGGGGAGUCUGUAAUCAGUUGGUAAUUCCAAAGAUCCUGGAUGAAAUAGUCUCCGUACAACUACAAUGGAUGUCUUCUUCGAUUAUUUGUGCUCAACAACACGGUUUCACUAAAGGCAAAUCCUCCCUAUCUAAUUUGCUGAUUUACUAUUCUUUUAUUAACAAAUCUUUCCAAGACAAGAUACCAGUUGAUUCGAUAUACACGGACUUUGCUAAGGUCUUUGAUAGAGUCAAUCACAGUGUUUUGAUCUCAAAAUUGAUGCAUCUCGGAUUUAUAUUAGACACUAUCAAGUGGUUGCAUUGCUUUCUUUCGGACAGAUAUCAGCAACAAGUUAAGACUGGAAAUUUUAUAUCUCAAACUUUUGGCGUCAUAUCUGGAGUUCCGCAAGGGUCGCACUGCGGACCAAUUCUGUUCAUCCUUUUCAUUAAUGAGCUAUAA